CCCACUCCCCUCGCAGUAGCCGCCGCGAGCGCGACGAGCGAGGUCGCGUGACGAGACGUCGGCAUUCCUGCAAAAUGGCACAAGACUUCGACUGGAACAACGAGCUGACGCUGAAGUUCGUGAAGCACAUCUCCAGCGAGCGAGCUCUGUGGGACUUCAACGAUCGCAAAUACAAGAUGAAGCAUAAAGUGUACGAAGCGUGGGCGAGGAUCAGCUCCAAAAUGAAUAUACCCGUAGACGUGUUGAAGAAUAAGAAGAAGGUGCUGAUGGCGACGUGGAGGCCUCUGUUCCGGAAGAAGAUGGCGUCGCUCAGGUCGGGCGCGGACGAGGACGAGGUGUUCCGGCCGGUGUGGUUCGCGUACGACGCGAUGGAGAGUUUCUUGGGAAGCGUUUACGAUAUCGACGGCUCCAUAAAACAAUAUGAAGAACCAACGGUAGCGUCGUCUCCAUCCAACCAGUCCCAGCACAGCGACGACGUCACCAUUCUGACGAUAAAGAAGGAGAACGAAGACAACACGGACUCCAGCACUACUCCUCACUUGUCCAAAAAGAGAAAGAAGUUCAUGGAAAUUGAAUACGACGAAGGACAAAAUAUCACCUACACUGGUUUUGAUCCACUAAACUCAGCAACCGCGACUGAGGGACCCAGCAGAGUGAUGAGAAAGAGUGAAGAAGAUGACGAGUGCGAUAUCUACGCGAAACUCUUGGCCAGGAAGUUGAGGAAGUAUCCCGGGAGAAUGCGGGAUAGAAUGAUGUACAAAAUCGAUGGACUUCUCUUGGAUAACCCCUACCCUGAUGAGCUAUCGAGCCCUUGUUCCUCCUAUCAGUAACCAUCGUAUUCAUAAAUACAAUAAGGAUAUUAUA